AUUACCCCAACAACAAGAAGACGGUCCAAGUUAAUUUGCAAGUGACGUUGAUUGCAACAAGCAACUGUAGUGACCACAGACAACAUUGAACCAUCACAACGAGAGUCACAACUCGUCCAGUCAUCAGGAGGAGAAAUAUCCAAGUAAACUGCAGUAUUGUGAAGAAGCUGAGAUUUGUUCACCGGAUGUGGAUGAUAAAUAUCGUGUGAGAACUGUUACAAUACUACAGUUAUGAUUGUGGGAAGAAAUUGCCUUAUAGCAAGGGUGAACUGGUCCAUCACAUCACGAGGAAAUAUUUUAACUUACCGUGUGUGAUGAUAAUCUCAGGGGAAUACAAGCAUUUUUAAAGUGAAGCAUCAUGCCGUUAAAUCCAUAUUUCAUCAAGAGACGAGUGAGGAAAUGGUGGCCAUACAUUGCAGUUCUAGUACUCAUCGCUAUUGGAUAUUAUAAAGGAAUAUUUAACCAGAUCUCAAGUUCAUCAGCAUCAGAUGCUUUUGAAGAGCAGACAAGAAACACUAUGAAAGAAGUGUUUUCUUUGCAAAGACAAGUGAAGCUGCUGAAAUCUGUGAUCAAGCGUUACUCUAUACCAGAGAAAGAGUACUCAGACGUUCUGUUACCCGUUAUUUACGUUAUCACUCCUACAUAUGCCCGACCUCACCAGAAAGCAGAAUUAACAAGGUUGAAGAGCGUGUUCCUCCAUGUGCCAGCAUUACACUGGGUUGUCGUCGAAGAUGCUCCACACAAGUCACAGAUGGUAUCAGAAUUUUUGAAGCUGUCUGGUCUGACGUACACACAUCUGCACCAGCUAACUCCAGAUGAUUGGAAGCUAAAAAGCAAUGAUCCAAACUGGAGGAAGCCCAGGGGAGUUUUACAGAGGAAUGCAGGUCUCAAAUGGCUCCGUAGAAAAUUCAUGUACGACGGUGACCCAAGGGGAGUAGUCUACUUUGCAGAUGAUGAUAACACUUAUAGCAUAGAAUUGUUUACCGAGAUGCGGGACACUCGGACAGUGUCAGUAUGGCCGGUGGGCUUAGUUGGAGGAGUGAUGGUGGAGCGUCCUCAAGUGAGCACCAUCGGCACAGGUCCUCGUGUAACAGGCUGGCUUACUGGCUGGAAGACAAACCGUCCAUUUGCUACAGACAUGGCUGGCUUUGCUGUUAAUUUAGCUUUACUGUUAAAGAAAACAAAAGUUGAAUUCAGCCUAAAUUCACCAAUUGGAUAUUUAGAAAGCAAUUUUUUGGAGAAGCUAGUAACACUGGAUCAACUAGAACCAAAGGCAGAACUUUGCACUAAGGUAUAUGUGUGGCACACAAGAACUGAGAAGCCCAAUAUGAAGGAUGAGGAAAGGCUGAGGAAAGAAGGAAAAGCAACAAAUGAAGGAAUUGAAGUCUAGAAUAAGGAUAGUAAUGGAAUCCUCUGUUUGUACCUGUUAUAUUGUCUUAUUUCCCUUAGGUAAAUUAAUGAACAGGGUAAGUAUAUAUAUACAUGGGUAAGGGGCUUGGACUUCCAGCAAGCGUGCGUGAGCGUGUUAGAUAGGAGUGAAUGGAGACGAAUGGUACUUGGGACCUGACGAUCUGUUGGAGUGUGAGCAGGGUAAUAUUUAGUGAAGGGAUUCAGGGAAACCGGUUAUUUUCAUAUAGUCGGACUUGAGUCCUGGAAAUGGGAAGUACAAUGCCUGCACUUUAAAGGAGGGGUUUGGGAUAUUGGCAGUUUGGAGGGAUAUGUUGUGUAUCUUUAUAUGUGUAUGCUUCUAGACUGUUGUAUUCUGAGCACCUCUGCAAAAACAGUGAUAAUGUGCGAGUGUGGUGAAAGUGUUGAAUGAUG